AUGGAGCCCCCUCCCUCCCCCACAAGCUUCUGGUGGCCAGCUGUUCCACCGGCUAACGGUCCUUCCAUCCCAUCCCGGAAAUUUCCUCCUUCGUUCCAGAGACGGAUCACCUGUCGAUUCAGUCUUGGUCUCACCUGGGGUUUGUUUUUUGGCCUGCAGGUGGACGAAUACGACGUGCCCUGCGAGCAGGAUCUGGGACCCAUCGUGCUGAUCCGCCUUCACAAGGAGCCCUACCUGUUCUUCCCUAAGGACAAUUGGUUCUGUAGUUACGUCACGGUGAAGGCGCCCCACGGCGAGACCUACCACUUCCCCUCCUACCAGUGGCUGGAGGGCUACUGUUCCCUCACCCUGCGCGAAGGGACAGCCAAAACGGUGGAAGACGAUACGGGGAACCCCGCCCUGCUGCAGCAUCGCAAGAAAGAGCUGGCCAAUCGGCAGGAGAGCUACUGCUGGAAGAAGUACGCCCCGGGCUGGCCGAGGUGCGUCGACGCCCACACCACGGAGGACCUGCACUCGAAUUCUAAGUAUUCCCUCAGCAAAACCACCGUCUUUGCCGUCCGAACUCUCAAAUCGGAGAUUGAACUGAGGCUGAAGGGCUUCUCGAACCUGGUGGAAUCCUGGGAGAGUCUGGAUGAUCUCCGCAAAAUCUUUUGGUUUCACAAAACUCCCGUCACAGAGUACGUCAUGGACCACUGGAUGGAUGAUGACUUCUUCGGGUACCAGUUCCUCAACGGGGUCAACCCCGUCCUGCUCCGGAAAUGCACCAAGAUCCCCCCGAACCUCCCGGUGACGGACGAGAUGGUGUCUGGAAGCUUGGGGAAGUCCACUCUUGAAGAAGAACUGAAGAAGGGGAACCUCUUCAUUGCUGACUACAAGAUCCUGGAGGACAUCCCGACCUCCAAACUGAACGGGAAGCACCAGUAUCUCGCAGCCCCAAUUUGCCUGUUGCACCUCAAUUCGGAGCAACAGAUGAUGCCGAUAGCUAUCCAGCUGAGCCAGACCCACAGCAUGGAGAGCCCCAUCUUCCUGCCCACCGACCGUAAAUGGGACUGGACCUUAGCCAAGAUCUGGGUGCGAAUGGCCAACUUCCACGUCCACGAAGUCAUCACCCACCUCCUGGAGGCCCAUUUCCACUGCGAGGUCUACGCCAUGGCUACCCUCCGGCAGCUCCCCAUGUGUCACCCUAUUUACAAGCUCUUGAUACCCCAUACCCGUUACACCCUCCAUAUUAAUACGCUUGCUCGGACCGAUCUCAUCCAGCCCGGUGGGCUCUUCGAUAAGGCUUCAGCCACGGGCCGGGAUGGCAUGCUGAAGCUACUUGCCAAAGGGGUGGAAGUCUCCAACUACACCUCCCUCUGCCUCCCCGAUGAUCUUGAAGAGAGAGGCGUCUCCUCCUUACCCAACUUCUACUACCGGGACGAUGGGAUGAAGAUCUGGGCCGCCAUCGAGAAAUUUGUCUCCGGCAUUGUUGAAUUCUACUACAAAUCCGACGGCGCCGUGAAAGAGGAUCCCGAACUCCAAGCCUGGAUCCAUGAGAUCUUCACGGAAGCUUUCUUGAGUCGGGAAUCUUCAG